GAUACAUGUAGGAACAUUGUCUGUGACGCUUUCUGUUUCCAUUUGGAAGCGGAGGGGAAACGUUUGGGUGCAGCACGGCAACAUGGCAGAAUGCACAAACAAAACACAAGUGGGAUGUCAGCGUGAAGAAGGCAUUGAGACCGAAAUGAGUGAGGAAGCGCUGGAAAAGACAAGUGAAAGCAAUGAGGGGGAAGCGAGAGAGAGAGGAGGCAAGAGUGAAAUUCAGGAAAAGGAAGACCCCUUCAAGAAACCGAGUGUUUUUGCUACCCCUUUCCCACCGAGCAAAAAGACUAGGGCUACUGCUGCUAGCGUUAAAGUAAACCAAGUCAAAACAGAAUCAAGCAGCGACAAACCAUUAAAUACCGGAAGAUCAGUGAUAGAGAAAGGGGCUACCGACCUAGUGGAUGAAGGCAGUGGUAACGGCGCCAGUUCUGAAAUCAAGCCCGACUGUACAUCAUCACUAGAGAACGGGUCUGAUUCUACAGAAAGCAUUCAAAAAAUAUGUACAGACGACGACCAUGAAAAAGUGGUUAGCAAAAGAAACACAAACUUACAGGAACUCGCACAACAAGCGAAACACAAGCUAGCUGUCAAGACGCAGGGUAAUGCCAAGUUCAAGCCCGGUCCUCCUUUGUCGUACACUGAGCCGCCGUGGGGUGGUGUUGCCGAAACCCCGUACCUCUUCGAGAUCUUAAAGAAUGGCACUAUCCUGGACACGGUUGAGUUGAACGAAAAGAGUUUCAUCGUUUUCGGCAGGCUGCCGAACUGCGACGUGCCUCUGGAACACCCCUCCAUCUCCCGCUAUCACUCAGUGGUUCAGUAUCGCCGCCUUCCCGGGGACUCAGUAGGGGAGGAGAUGGGCUUUUACGUCUUCGACCUGGGCAGUACCCACGGGACUUUUGUCAACAAGAAUAAGGUCCCACCGAAAACCUACAUUAGACUGAAGGUGGGGUACGUGCUCAAAUUUGGAGGGAGCACCAGGCUAUUCAUCUUACAGGGGCCGGAUUCGGAUGUGGAGGCGGAGUCAGAGCUGUCAGUCACUGAGCUGAAGGAUCUGCGGAGGAAGCAGAAGGCGGAGCUGGAGAGGAAGAUGAUGGGUGACUGUGAUGAUGAUGAUGAUGAGGUGGAGGAAGAGGAGGAGGAGGGAAAGAAGAAUAAGAAGAGAGUUAAAGAGAGGAACACUGCAGACAUAGGAUGUUUCUGGGGGAUGGCUGAAGAUGCAUUGGUUGAAGAUGAGAAUGAGGAGAACCCCUUUGCCACCGAGUUUCAGGAAGACCAAGAGGCCUUCUACAUCAAGGACCCCAAAAAGGCCCUGCAAGGCUUCUUUGACAGAGAAGGAGAGGAGCUGGAGUACGAAUACGAUGCCAAGGACCAGGGGACGUGGAUCUGCAGAGUCAGGUUGCCAGUGGACGAUGCCACGGGCAGGCAGCUGGUGGCGGAGGUGACCCACACUGGCAGGAAGAAGGAAGCAGCUGUUCAGUGUGCCCUGGAGGGAUGCCGGAUACUGGACGCUAGGGGUUUACUGAGGCAGGAGGCUGUGUCUCGCAAGCGGCGCAAGAAGAACUGGGAGGAGGAGGAUUUCUACGACAGCGAUGACGACACCUUCCUGGACCGGACUGGUGCUGUGGAGAGGAAGAGGAAGGACCGCAUGAAGAAAGCAGGGAAAGUCGAGGAGAAGCCAGACACUUUUGACUCCCUGGUAGCCAAGCUGGCAGAGGUGGAGAAGGAGCUGGCUGAAACAGAGCAGAAGCUCCAUGCUUCAAGAAAAAGUGGUUCCCAGCAAUCCUCCGAAGACCCUCUGGAUGCCUUCAUGUCAGAGGUUCGGUCCGGCAGUGCACUGGACAGCGUGACGCGCAAAAAGCUGCACCUACACGCCUGCGAGCUCAAGAAGGAGGGCCAGCGACUCAAGAGACUGGUGGAGAUUACCCGACCAACACAGCUACCAGCCCUGGACUCGGGGACUGAAAGUCAUAGGUCGGGAGAGCCUGGCAAACCCAAGAAGCUGUCCCUGCCCUUGUUUGGCGCAAUGAAGGGGGGUAGCAAGUUCAAACUGAAGACUGGCACCAUUGGGCACCUCCCCCCGAAGAGACUAGACCUGCCUGAACAGCUGUUCAACAUGAAGGAGCUGGGGCCUGAGGUGGAGGAGGAGGAGGAGGAAGAGGAGGAGAUGCCAGCGGCUGAGAGGGAGGAUGAGAGCAGAGAGCCUGGAGACACGGAUAUGGAGAUGAGAUCUCCAAGUUCACACACCACUGUUGGGGCCUCUGGCAACAAUUCCCCUGCUAAGAAUGCAGCUGGGGAAGAGGUUGAACCAGACAGAGCUGGGAAAGACAAAGACAUUCCAGAGCAACAAGCUACUCCUGCUACUCCUGACUGUGCCACAGUACCCAUGGAGUCUGGAAGUGAAAAGGUGCCAGAGGUGGUUCAGAAGAAAAAGAAGAAAGCUUUUGGACCCAGCCGACCCCCGGCAGCCCUGCUCUCCACCAAAUACCCAGAGGAUGAUCCAGACUACUGCGUCUGGGUGCCUCCUAAAGACCAAAGUGGGGACGGUCGCACACAUCUGAAUGAGAAGUACGGCUAUUGAGGUCUCUGGGGGUUCGGAAAGCAAUUGCGGAUACUCACUGACUGUAAAUCCAUAGUUGUCAGUCACUGACUAGUUUGUUUUUGUUCUGUUUACUGAUAUUUCUUUACCCCUGCAACAUUUGUGUGUGCUGGCUUCAAAACUGUGGAUUAUCUCAAGAGCCUUCAUGAUCUGGCCAUAUCACACGUUUUUCUUCAGAAGUUUAAACUCAGCAUUUGGACUUCAGUGACUCUCGAUACUGGAUUUCAGAAGAUUGUCACAACAAUGGAUUGUGUUUAGGAUGUCUGAGACUUUGGGCUAACCAUGACUAGAUCGAGAAAAAAGUACCUUGAAGCACUGUUUUGUGGGAACUUUAAUGUUACUCUAUUUGCGUUUUGAUUUAGUGUGCAAAUAGGGAUUAACCCACAUCUGAAUCAUGUUGCACAUAGGUUUCUGAUGGAUACCACUGUGCAGGAACAUUUCUACAGCAGUUAAGUGUGUCUUUUUUUGACUUCAUUAAUCCUUACAGGUAAUGUGACUGCUUUGCUUCUCUCUAUCUUUCUGUAAAAAUGACUGAUUUCACUGUUCCCUACUGCAUUGAUCUCUCAUCUUGAAAUCAUUAUAAUGGGACCCUCCCCCAGGUCUUACAUAGUUUAGACAGAAACACAUGAAAGAGACUCGCAUGACCUGUUUGUUUUUCAUAACUGCUACACAGAGUCCUUUUUUUAAUAAUCUAAACCAAUCUGUUGCUGUUUACAUCAGUAUUGCACCCCAUAUCCUGGAAAAACAUGCACUUCCAACUUCUGAAUUCUUUUGUCUUUUUUUUUUUUAUGGUGAAUCACUGGCACUUACAGUGAAUCAACACAUUCUGUCACAGGCUUGCAGAGGGGAAAAUAUAGGAAAUGUUCUGGGUAAAGUUUCAUAAACAACAACUUUAAGCAAAAAAUGUGGAAAACAAGCUAUUAUGCAGUGGUCACGCACUUUCUACCUAUACGAUAUGUUUUGACAAAUCAAUUGUAAUAUGAUAAUUUUGAGUACAUUUUUCUGCAUGUAAGUGAGCGUCAGUACCUCCUGUGUGAUGAUGCAUAGACAGUUUUGUUGUUGGCCAAACACAAUAUUCCGUAAGACAUAUUUAUAAAGCAAAUAACUGCCAGGCAGAUACUGUUUGCUUGUUGUUACAUUUUGGCAUUCAUUACACUCCAUUUGUUUGUCUUUUUUACGUAAAAAAUAUGUUUAUCUGUAAACAUUUGUCUUUUUUUUUCUUGCUGUCUGACAAAUGUCAUUUUUCAAGAAUAAAUAUUUUUAGACUACAAGGCUAAAGGAUCUUCUCAA